UGUAGCAAGCGUAGCAAGCGUAGCAAGUGUAGCAAGUGUAGCAAGUGUAGCAAGUGUAGCAAGGGUAGCAAGUGUAGCAAGUGUAGCAAGCGUAGCAAGUGUAGCAAGCGUAGCAAGCGUAGCAAGCGUAGCAAGUGUAGCAAGCGUAGCAAGCGUAGCAAGUGUAGCAAGCGUAGCAAGAGUAGCAAGUGUAGCAAGCGUAGCAAGUGUAGCAAGCGUAGCAAGAGUAGCAAGGGUAGCAAGCGUAGCAAGCGUAGCAAGGGUAGCAAGCGUAGCAAGUGUAGCAAGUGUAGCAAGCGUAGCAAGCGUAGCAAGUGUAGCAAGCGUAGCAAGUGUAGCAAGCGUAGCAAGUGUAGCAAGCGUAGCAAGUGUAGCAAGCGUAGCAAGUGUAGCAAGUGUAGCAAGGGUAGCAAGUGUAGCAAGGGUAGCAAGCGUAGCAAGUGUAGCAAGCGUAGCAAGAGUAGCAAGUGUAGCAAGCGUAGCAAGCGUAGCAAGUGUAGCAAGCGUAGCAAGUGUAGCAAGCGUAGCAAGUGUAGCAAGGGUAGUAAGGGUAGCAAGCGUAGCAAGUGUAGCAAGUGUAGCAAGCGUAGCAAGUGUAGCAAGUGUAGCAAGUGUAGCAAGCGUAGCAAGAGUAGCAAGUGUAGCAAGCGUAGCAAGCGUAGCAAGUGUAGCAAGCGUAGCAAGAGUAGCAAGUGUAGCAAGUGUAGCAAGCGUAGCAAGUGUAGCAAGCGUAGCAAGUGUAGCAAGCGUAGCAAGUGUAGCAAGUGCAGCAAGCGUAGCAAGUGUAGCAA